AGUCCUCAGAAGGAGCCAGCAUGGACAAUCUCCUUUAUAGUUUUGGAAGCAGGUUUGUUGCCAUGGAGUUCACAUUUUGACUGGAGUUGAGAAGUAUAAAGGUAACCGUUUGUUUUAGUUUCAACGAUCUGGCAAAAAGAUAGGCUGUUGCUCUUCUUCUGGAAAAGCCUGAUUGGUAAGAUUCCUUUAAGGGCUCAGCCCCAAAGAGCUUUAUCCCAUCCCCUCACAGACUAAAAACUAAAGCUUGCAGAGACCUCUGAAGGAAAACCUGUCCCGGGCUCUGUCACUUCACACCCAUGGCUAACCCUGGAGGUGGUACUGUUUGCAAUGGGAAACUUCACAAUCACAAGAAACAGAGCAAUGGCCUGCAAAGCAGAAACUGCACAAAGAAUGGAAUAGUGAAAGAAGCCCAGCAAAAUGGGAGGACACAUUUUUAUGAUAAGCUCAUUGUUGAAUCCUUUGAAGAAGCACCCCUUCAUGUUAUGGUUUUCACUUACAUGGGGUAUGGAAUUGGAACCCUGUUUGGCUAUCUCAGAGACUUUAUGAGAAACUGGGGAAUAGAAAAAUGCAAUGCAGCCGUGGAACGAAAAGAACAAAGAGAUUUUGUACCACUGUAUCAAGACUUUGAAAAUUUUUAUACACGAAACCUUUACAUGCGAAUCAGAGACAACUGGAACCGGCCCAUCUGCAGUGCCCCAGGGCCUCUGUUUGACGUGAUGGAGAGGGUGUCAGAUGACUAUAACUGGACAUUUAGGUUUACUGGAAGAGUCAUCAAAGAUGUCAUCAACAUGGGCUCCUAUAACUUCCUUGGUCUUGCAGCCAAGUACGAUGAGUCUAUGAGGACAAUAAAGGAUGUUUUAGAGGUGUAUGGCACAGGCGUGGCCAGCACCAGGCAUGAAAUGGGCACCUUGGAUAAGCACAAGGAGCUGGAGGACCUUGUGGCUAAGUUCCUGAAUGUGGAAGCAGCUAUGGUCUUUGGGAUGGGAUUCGCAACUAACUCAAUGAAUAUCCCAGCAUUAGUUGGAAAGGGAUGCCUCAUUUUAAGUGAUGAGUUAAACCACACAUCGCUUGUGCUUGGGGCCCGACUCUCAGGUGCAACCAUAAGAAUCUUCAAACACAACAACACACAAAGCCUAGAGAAGCUCCUGAGAGAUGCUGUCAUCUAUGGCCAGCCUCGAACCCGCAGAGCUUGGAAAAAGAUUCUCAUCCUGGUGGAGGGUGUCUACAGCAUGGAAGGUUCCAUCGUGCAUCUGCCCCAGAUCAUAGCUCUAAAGAAGAAAUACAAGGCUUACCUCUACAUAGAUGAAGCUCACAGUAUUGGGGCCGUGGGCCCAACUGGCCGAGGUGUCACGGAAUUCUUUGGACUAGACCCUCACGAAGUUGAUGUGCUCAUGGGCACAUUCACCAAAAGCUUUGGAGCUGCAGGAGGUUACAUAGCUGGAAGGAAGGACCUUGUGGAUUAUUUACGGGUUCACUCGCAUAGUGCUGUCUAUGCUUCAUCCAUGAGCCCACCGAUAGCAGAGCAAAUCAUCAGAUCACUAAAACAUCUCAUGGGAAUGGAUGGGACCACACAAGGGUUGCAGAGAGUACGGCAACUUGCGAAAAACACAAGAUACUUCAGACAAAGACUGCAGGAAAUGGGAUUCAUUAUCUAUGGCAAUGAGAAUUCUCCUGUUGUUCCUCUGCUUCUUUACAUGCCUGGUAAAGUAGCGGCUUUUGCAAGGCAUAUGUUAGAGAAAAAAAUUGGAGUGGUGGUCGUGGGAUUUCCAGCCACUCCCCUCGCAGAAGCUCGGGCUCGGUUUUGUGUUUCAGCAGCCCAUACCCGAGAGAUGUUAGACACGGUUUUGGAAGCUCUUGAUGAAAUGGGUGAUCUCCUGCAACUGAAAUAUUCCCGGCACAAGAAGUCAGCACGUCCCGAGCUCUAUGAUGAGACGAGCUUUGAACUCGAAGAUUAAGUUUCCUGGUCCUGAAUGACACACAAAUACUUUGUGAGAAAGACCUCCCUCCUUGCCUCACAAGGAAAAUAAAUGGAUUUCUCCCCCUUCCUCAGGAUGAUUUUGGUUCCCAGACCAGCUUGAUUGAACUGAGGGAGACAUUGCUGUUUUUAAUGUCUCCAGCCUGGACUGCAGAGACAAAAACAUGAUUCCAGAUUUAAGUCUCUCUUCUUCCAAGUAUUCUGCUAGAAAUACACACACACACACUUCUGAGAAUAUUUUUAAUGGCAAUGAGCCUGUGUUUUAGCUGCUACUGUGCAGACCCUUUCAGGGGUUCCGACCAAAUGCAAAUGAGAGGAUUUAAAAUUUUUAUUCAGUAAGUUCACUAUGUGUUUACUUAUUCCAUCUGCAGAUGUCGGUGAGUGUGGUGGACAGUAGCCACCUUCCUUGUUCCACUCAUAAAAGCAUCAGCUAGAACUCAUCUGUAUCAUGGGAAGUUCCAGGCAGGAGGGUAAAGAAAUGUUGUUUCUACCAUUUGUCACAUUUGGACGUUUUUCACAGACAAGUGUCAAAAGACAUAGUUAAUGUUUCGAGGCGGAAAGCAGAACUGGUCAACUGCAACUAGAGAUGUCUUUGAAGGAAGUUUUCCUUUUCCUCUUGCUGGUCUCCUACAGUUUUACAGCUGAGCUUUUGAGGUUUGGAAAAUUCAAGAUGUUUGUUUCAUAAGAAAGGGGGCAGAAAGCAAGCACAAGCCACUUUUAGGCCUAGACUAAAAUGGUAGUUACAACAACUUGAACCUUGCUGGUGCAGUGCACAGUGAAUGCUUACCCUGCAUAGCCUCUAUUACCUUAAAAAAUUAGUUGUCAUUUUCCUAUUGAAUUUCAAGU